AUGCUGUUUUGGUUAAAAGAAGAAAUGGCCCCUCAGGAGUUCACACGGCGACUGGCCACAGUGAUCACUCAUGUCGAUGAAACUAUGCAGCAGGAAAUCAGGCCCUUGGUGGCAGUGGAUAUAAUUGAACAACUUCACAGACAAUUUGCCAUUCUUUCAGGAGGCCGAGGGAAAGAUGGUGCCCCCAUCAUCACUUUUCCAGAGUUUGUGGGGUUCAAGCACAUCCCAGAUGAAGACUUCCUGAAUGUCAUGACCUACCUAACUAGUGUCCCCAGUGUGGAGGCUGCCAGCAUCGGGUUCGUCAUUGUCAUCGACAGACGGAGGGACAAGUGGAGCUCCGUAAAAGCAUCCUUGACACGAAUAGCUGUAGCAUUUCCAGGAAACUUGCAGCUCAUAUUCAUUCUUCGUCCAUCUUGCUUUAUCCAGAGAACAUUGACUGACAUUGGCAUUAAGUACUAUAGAGGUGAAUUUAAAAUGAAAGUGCCGAUUGUUAUGUUAAACUCCAUUUCUGACCUUCAUGACUACAUUGACAAAAGCCAAUUGACAGAGGAUUUAGGGGGAACUUUGGAGUAUCGCCACAGUCAGUGGAUAAAUCAUCGAACCGCCAUUGAAAACUUUGCUCUGGCAUUGAAGACCACUGCCCAGAUGCUUCAGACUUUUGGGGACUGCCUGGCUACAACAGAGCUGCCCAGAAGCAUCCUUUCCACUGAAGACCUUCUCAUGUCCCACAUGAGGCAGCGUAACAAGUUGCAGGAUGAGCUAAAAUUACUUGGAAAGCAAGGGGCCACAUUGCUGUCAUGCAUGCAAGAACCAGCAACCAAAAGUCCCACCAGCAAACUCAGCCUCAAUGAAGUUGAGAAUGUAGCUACCGUGGAAAGGUUAUUAGUUCAGUUGGAUGAAACAGAAAAAGCCUUUAGUCAGUUCUGGUCUGAGCAUCACUUGAAGCUUAAUCAAUACCUACAACUACAGCACUUUGAACACAAUUUUUGUGAGGUUAAGCUAGCCCUGGACAACUUGUUGGCGGAGCAGGCAGAGUUUUCAGACAUCGGAGACAAUGUGGUGCAUGUGGAACAACUUCUUAAGGAACACAAAAAACUGGAAGGAGAAGGCCAGGAGUUCUUGGAAAAGGCCCAGCUGCUUGCAGUAAUUGGGGACCAGCUUAUCCAAAGCCACCAUUAUGCAGUGGACUCCAUCAGACCCAGGUGUGCGGAGCUCAGGCACCUUUGUGAUGACUUCAUCAAUGAAAACAAAAAGAAACAUGACAUAUUAGAAAAGUCCUUGGAGUUGCAUAGAAGGUUGGACAAGGUCAGCCAGUGGUGUGAAGCAGGAAUUUACCUCUUGGCUUCCCAAGCUGUAGACAAGUGCCAGUCCCGAGAGGGCGUUGACAUUGCUUUGAAUGACAUUGAGAUAUUCCUGGGCACAGCGAAGGAGUACCAGCUGCCCAGUUCCAAGGACUUUUACAACCAGUAUGAGCUGAUGCUCACUCUUGAUAUAAAGGCUAAAGCCCAGAAAGUUCUGCAGAAGCUGAGCGACGUGCAGGAAAUAUUUCACAAGAGACAAAUGAGUCUGAUGAAACUGGCAGCCAGACAGACUCGCCCAGUGCAACCCGUGGCCCCCCAUCCUGAGUCCUCCCCAAAAUGGGUGUCACCAAAAAUCAGCCAGCCCUCCACCUUGGUUCCUCAUCAGAAAACAUCUGAGGAACCUUAUGUGGAGACAGAUUUAAACUCAGAGGAAAAGGAAGAUGAUGAGACUAAAUCUGAAGUCAAGAAUGCAGAAAUACUUGAAAGCAGUCAUGAUGCGGAGAACCCUGAGCCAGAGCAGCCUGACAGUUCCAAAAAUCUUUCUCCCAGCAGGCAUAUUAUACGUGACUUGCUUGAGACUGAAGAGACUUAUAUAAAAGAGAUUAAGAACAUAAUUGAUGGAUAUAUCAUUCCAAUGGAUUUUAUUUGGCUGAAGCAUCUAAUUCCAGAUGUCCUGCAGAAUAACAAGGAGUUUCUCUUUGGGAACAUUAGAGAACUUUACGAAUUUCACAACAGGACUUUUCUAAAAGAAUUGGAAAAAUGCACUGAAAACCCUGAACUUCUGGCACGUUGCUUUCUCAAGAGAAAAGAAGAUCUUCAAAUAUAUUUAAAAUACCAUAAGAACCUGCCCCGAGCCAGGGCAAUCUGGCAAGAAUGUCAAGACUGCACCUACUUUGGGGUAUGCCAGCGUCAACUGGGUCACAAUCUCCCUCUUUUUACGUGUCUGAGAGAACCAAGUCAGAGACUUGUAAAGUACCAGAUGCUGUUGAAGAAUGCGCCAAAGAGGACCAAGGAUUCAGCCUUCUUAGCCGACCUACAACAGGCUUUGGCCAUGAUGGAGGAUUUGAUCAAGUCCUGUGAGUUGGCCAUGGAUCUGGCAGCAGUCACUGGAUGUCCGGAUGAUAUUGGAAAACUCGGCAAGUUGUUGAUGCAUGGUUCUUUCAACGUUUGGACAGUUCACAAAGAUCGUUAUAAGAUGAAGGAUUUAAUUCGAUUUAAGCCCAACCAGAGGCAAAUCUAUCUAUUUGAACGGGGAAUAGUGUUCUGUAAGAUACAGAUGGAGCCCAGUGACCAGGGCCUGUGCCCUCACUACAGCUUUAAGAAGUCUGUGAAGUUGAUGACACUUUCAAUUCGCCAACUUGGAAGGGGGAGCAACAGAAAGUUUGAAAUUGCCAACCAAAAUGGACUUGAAAAAUACAUCCUACAGGCAGCUUCAAAAGAAAUCAGAGAUUGUUGGUUUUCAGAAAUAAGUAAAUUAUUGAUGAAACAGCAAAACAAUAUUAAAGAAGUUUAUGAAGAUGAAGACAAUGGCAGACAAAUAUCCCCAAAACGUUGCUCAAGCAGGGAGUUUAUCUCCAUGGAAACUUCUGUCAAUUGUGAAGGUGCAGAAGAUUUGGAAAAGGAGAACAGUGCCCUGAGACUCUCGGGACUUUUUCGGUUGGACGACAGCCACGACGAGACCUCCAAGUCUGGUCAGCAGCAGGGAGAAAGCAUCCGGGGAGAGAGAGAGGGCUGCCAAGAGGAGGACACGGCCAUGAACAAAACUGAGGAGAGCCUUGGGAUGUCUACUGGCUUGCUCGCCCCUGUUGGGGAGGCCAGUUUCCCCCGAGCUGAGGCAUUGCGGGCCCAGGAAGGGAGCCUGAGGCCGCCCUCCGCGGAGAACUGA